AUGGCUCCCUCGUCGGUCGCCAAGAAGCGCAAGGUCCUGGAUGGCAUGCAGGGCAAAACCAACCGUCCCAGUAAGAAGUUCAGAAAGCAGCGCGAAUACCACAGCUCCGAUGAGGAGGACAAUGACGACGAAAAGACGCAUUUCAAAGCUGUCAGUCUGGCCGAUUCGGACGCGGAGGACGAUAUGAAGGCGAAGCCCCCGCAAAAGAAGACCAAGACGUUAGGACAGAACCAGAAACCGAAAGCCGCGAAGAAGGAAGAAUCAAAAGAGUCAGAGGAAAGCGAUGCAGACUCUGACGGCGACGACGAGGAGGAGGAUGCGAGUGACAAUUCGGAUGUGUCUGAUGAAGGAGAAGGUGACGAAGGUGCCUCUAGAGAAAGAAGCGUGCCGAAGAGAAAUGACCCCUCCGCAUUCUCGACGUCUAUUUCCAAGAUUCUGUCCACCAAGCUCCCCACCUCCGCGCGCGCAGACCCCGUCCUGUCGCGCAGUAAGGCUGCCUCCCAAACGACAACCGAUUUCGCAGACGAGAAACUUGACAAACAGGCGCGCGCCAAACUCCGGGCAGAGAAGAAGGAAGAAUUGGAUCGUGGUCGCAUCCGCGAUGUCCAGGGUAUUGCGCGGGGCCAGGCCGGUCCCGUGGCUGAGGAGGAGAAGCGUCUUCGCAAGAUUGCGCAGCGUGGUGUGGUGAAGUUGUUCAAUGCCGUCCGUGCUGCGCAGGUUCGGGGUGAAGAGGCUGCUAAGCAGGAACGGAAGAAGGGAACUAUCGGUAUUGGAGAGCGAGAGAAGGCCGCCAACGAGGUUAGCAGACAAGGGUUCCUUGAUUUGAUUAGUGGGAAGAAGGGCAAGCCGUUGAACAUUGAGGAGGCUUGA